AGCUAAGGCUUUAGCUCUUUCAUCAUCUAUGAUGGAAAAGCAGAUGCCAAAUUACGUUUCGAGAAAGAAAAAAAAAGAAAAGGGGAGACAAAGAAAAUAAAUAAAGGAAAAAAGGAAAACUGUGUCUACAAAUACAAUGCAGCCUGGAGGAACAUCAAUAAAGCAUUUGCUGGUUGUAGAAGCAAGGAACAAAUCCACCUUAGCUUUGGCCAGAAUCGAGACACAUGUGUUGGCACAAAGCAGAAGGGUCUCUUCCAGUUGUUAAGUACCCCCAACUGCACGCGACGUACUAAGCCUAGCUCCAGAGUAUUUUGUCCUCACUACGCGCUCACGCAGAACAAGCUCGAAAAAAAAAACGUUGCAGCUGGGAGGUGCAAAUCUUGACUUAUUCGGCCGCCACCUCCAGGCUAUUGCGCCUAUUUGAUGGCAUAUUCCCCCGAGCUACUUCCUGAUGACGAUGCUUGGAGCAACGACAUGUACAAGGCUGCCAAGAAAGACGCCGAGCGUGUCCUCUCCGGCUACGUCACCAAGCCAACACCUGAGCUGCAAUACCGACACUUGGUCGAGUUGCUGGGUGCGAGAUCAAAGCAUGAGGUGCUCAAGGACGGUGCAAAGCUUGGCGAGCAACUGGCGGAGUCGAUGCUUGGAGAGGAGGUAGGGUGGGAGGCUCUGGCCGAAUUUUGGUGCAAGAUGCCGAUGUACAUUGCUCCAUCGGAUAACCUCGACGGGCACGCGGAGGCGAUCGCCCGGGGCGGCGAGCUGGUAACGCUCCUGUGGGCGCUGCUCACCCAUUUGGGGGUUGUCAGUAGGCCUGAGGCCACCUCCACUACCAAUACUACUACUACCACCACGGGUGCUUCUGAUGUCGUUUAAGCACUUAGGGCAGUGUGUUAUUUCAUUUAGCUAGCAGCCGGCUGUUAUGCUGCAUUAAUUCCUUCGAUGUUGUCCUACGGUCUGAUGAAUUUGUUGUAAUGAUGAACGUUUUGUUUAGAAUGGGUGAACGACGAGCUUGCUUUUACAUUUCUAUAUUAUCAAUUAUUUUGCACAA